CGCUAGGCAGUUGGAGAUUGGAGACCACACCAGAGAGAGAAUCGUCCAGCGGCAUGGCUGCCGUCAAGCCCCCCAAGACGACGCCGGCGAAGAUUCAAAUGGAAAAUUGGUAACUAGAAAAAAGUUCUACUAAAACUGAUGCUGCUUGGAGAUGGUUGAGGCUCCAGGGCUGCCAGUAGGUCUGUAUGCUGCGCAAUGCGAGGAAUGCUUCAAAUGGAGGUUGAUUAGCAGCCAAGAAGAGUACGAAGAUAUUAGAAGCAGAUUGAUAGAAGAACCCUUUACUUGCCAUAGGAAAACCGACACUUCUUGUGAGGAUCCUCCCGAUAUCGACUAUGAUACAACUCGAACUUGGGUCAUUGACAAGCCUAACCUCCCAAAGACUCCAAAAGGUUUCAAGAGGCGUCUGGUGCUGAGAAGGAAUUUUUCUAAAUUAGACGCUUACUAUGUCACACCAACCGGGAAAACGGUUAGAUCAUCUACGAAGAUGCUAACCUUUGUAGAAGCAAAUCCUCAAUACAAGGACAUACCUCUUUCAGACUUCAGUUUUGCAGUCCCAAAAGUAAUGGAAGAAACUGUACCUGAAAGCAUCUUGAAAUCUGGCUUUAGUAGUUGCAAAAGAAGUAAGAAAACAAAGGAUGAAUCUGUUGAUAUUGACGGAAGAUGACAAUCAGUUCAUUGCAGCAUUCAAGUGUCUAUUCUUUGAGAAAAAACCAGUUAGUGAAAGGAUUCUGCUGAUUUGGAUUGAAAGAUGUAGCUUGGUAUUUCUCCUCCUAUUAUUGUACCAUUUUCUUUUUCAUUUACAAGGACCAUUUGGACUGUUGUAUAUAUGGCCAUUUUGAUGAUACUCAUAGAAGAUUCUUGGACUUCGGAUGAGUUCGACACGACUCUUGAAUAGGGUCAAAUACUCGGAUAGGUGUUCUUACCAUUUAUUGAUAUGAGCAGGUUAGGUCAGUGUUAGAUACUUAAGUUUUUAUUGAUAUGAGCAGGUUAGGUCGGUGUUAGAUACUUGAGUUGUUUAGUAUAGCAUAGAUUUUGUUUAGAGUUCGAGCGAGCGAUAAAACCAUCAUGAUCGGCCUUAGGUUCCAAAUCGACAAGCUGUUGUUAUUAAGUGAUGUUAUGAAUCAUUCCUUAAAUU